CCUCGAAGAUUUGCGAAAAAUAAAAGAUGAACUUUCAGUCUCAGAUUGAAAAAUUUUCGAAAGAGAGGCUUAAAAAUGUCGAAACAAGAAUAACAACAGUAGAAGGGAAGAAGCUUGUCGAGUCUACCARGGAUGGAGAGAGAGUCACUGUAGACACUGGCCUAUCGUCUCUGGGCUUCUGCGAAGACACUAACCCUGAUACCAAGAUUUACAAGGUCCUUGACAAGCUGUAUAUCAGUUCACAGGACGGUGCUCGUAAUAAGAAUGCCCUGACAGCUUUAAAGAUAACUCACAUUCUGAAUGUAGCAACUGGAGUAGCAAACGCGUUUCUUGACGAUUUUACUUACAAGAAUGUGGAGAUACUUGACCUCCCUGAAACAAGAAUCCAGCCGUAUUUUAAGGAAAUGUUUGACUUUAUCGAAAAAGGAUUUCACCAUGGAUCUGUUUUGGUUCAUUGUAAUGCUGGUGUUUCAAGGUCAACUACUGUUAUUGUUGCAUUUUUGAUGCACAAACUUCAUAUGUCCCUAAAUGAUGCCUUACAAAUGGUCAAAGACUCCAAGCCUUCUGUCAAACCCAAYGAUGGCUUCAUAAGACAACUCAAAGAAUAUGAACAACAACUUGGAUUAUACAAAGAUUACAGCUAAAACUUUACAAAUACAAGAAGAUGAAUGAGAUAGCAUUUCAUUCUCCAAUGGCUCAAGAAUGGCAGCCUCAUAGAUUAAAAUAACUCUGUCAUCAGACCUUGUAUCAACCUUUAAAGACAAUGUCACCAUCUGUAAAAAGUACUUUGAAAGUUCG